GUGUCUCACAAAUCUCUCUCUCUCUCUCUCUCUCUCUCUCUCUCUCUCUCUCUCUCUCUCUCUCUCUCUCUCUCUCCCUCUCUCUCUCUCAUAAUUCAACAUUAAAGACAUUGCAUGUCUUCUCUUCUUCUACCUAUAAAUUGAAAUCCUAUGAAGAAGUUUUUCCUUCACACAUGAACUCUUACUUCACAUAAAGCUAAGACUUUCUUGUGACAACAUCAUGGCUAUAGAUAAAUAUGUUGCCUAUGAUUUGGACGGUUGCCCCAAGUUACCUGUUGGAUUCAGGUUUGAUCCAAUAGAUGACAUUCUUGUGAACUUUUACCUGAAGUUGAAGGUUUAUAAUCAACCUCUUCCAUUUCAUGCCAUUCAAGAAUUUGAUGUCUUUCAAACCGAACCUUGGAUGCUUCCAUAUGAUAGGAAUUCUUUCAAAGAUAGGAAAUAUUAUUUCUUUGAUAUUAGGAACCGUAGGUUCCAAAACAUGGAUACGAGAGUCGCCGGAAAUGGUGAAUGGAGAACGGUGGAAAAGAACAAGGAACUUGUUCUCCCAAGCAACUACUUCAUUGGUAGAAAAAACACCCUUGUAUAUUGGAGAAUACAAGGAAAUGAAGUUGUUAAGACACAAUGGGUGAUGCAUGAAUUUCGCAUUGGUACAAUUUUUCAUCCAAUAAAGGUGACAACUUUAGGUGCCUAUCGCAUUUUUAAGAUGAAGGUUGCAAAGGUUGAGAAGAAGGUGAACAUACCAACUAUGAUUGAUUUUACAAUGGAGGAUGCAAGUUCUUCUGCCCCUCCUCCUUCUCCAUGAGCUCAUUUUUCAUUUGCAUCUUUUUAGUUUAAUGAAUUUAUUUGUAAGUCAUGUCGACAUUAAACAUAUUUUAUCAUUUCAGUUUUUUGGAAUUAGUUUUCUAUA